UAUGACAAUUGUUAUUCAUUCGUUUGAUAUGUUUGAGCUUUUGAUUUUGCCAUGUGAUUACGGAAUUUCCUUUUUGAAUUUUCCUCAGAGUUGGGUAUGUUUGUUAUUUUACUUUUUUCCACUUAACGCUAUAUAGAAAAACUAAAAUUUCAUUGAGCAACAUGAACGCCACCAAAACCGAUGUUGAACUCAAUAUACCCAGGAAGGAUAUGCAGUUUCUUGUUGACAUAUAGCACCCGUCGUUUUGUAAGAUGCGAAAUUUAAUACCAGAUUCGAAGCAUUAUCUUAAAACUUACACAUAACUAUGGUGAUAAAAAUUUGAUGACUAGAAGUCAUUUACAUUAUUUACCUUACUUUGAAUGUUAUACCCCUGGAUGGCGUUAAAUUGUAUGCAAUUCCGAAUAUCGUGACCUGAUUUAAAAAUAGUCACUAGAAGUUGCAUGUAUAAAGCUUUUGAUAGGAGGAUUAAUGAAAUUCAAAUAUUCAAAAAACUUUCAGUGUUAUUUCAUUUCUUUUUUAGUUUUAUCAUCUCUUUAAAGAUUGUAUUUUGUUUUAGAUUUUCGAAUAGUGUUUCCAAGAGCAUCACCGUAGAAACAGUAAUUACCAAAAUAAGUAUCUGGUGCAGUACAAGUUGUACUGUUAAUUUUGUUAUAAUAAAAAUGUCAUCAUUCAAAAACUUAUCAGAAAUACAUGUAUUUAACUUUCAGAAUUUGAGCAUGCUAAAUCGACCAACGUCUAUUAAACUUUGUUUUAGGUGAGUGCGAUGUACUGCAGUUAUCUAAAGCAGAAGAUGGGAAAUUUAAAGACGUUAUGGAGAAGGUUGGAAUGGCAAAGAAAUCGAUACAUGUUCGUCAUUUCAAAAGCACGCUUCUUCAAUGGGCAAAAGAUCCAGGAAAGGAUAAGCAUGUGCCUAGCUACAUACAGAAAUCUGAUGAUUCUACAACGUCUCCAAUGCAAAGAAGCUUGAAGCCUGGUACAGUGUCCUUUUCAAUGACUGGGAAGUCUUCCGAGGUACCACAGUUGAAAAAAUCCAUAGAAGAGAUCAAGACAAAAGAAAGAGAACUUACAAGUUAUAAAUCCGAGAAGAAAAAAGACCAUCCGAAAGAAGACACCACACAAAAAUACACACAAAGUGUAGUCAAAGAUCAUGGACAUCAUGGACUUACUGGUUACUAUGAUGAUUUAUUAGAUAACACUGUUCUUGACAAGAUGGUUCUAGACAACCUGAUUUCUAGAUGCAUUUUAAUGAUAGAGGACAGAGAAGAAAUUAUCAAACCAACCACACAACGUGAACGUAACAAGGUUCUACUGGAUAUCUUAAUUGAACGACCAUAUCCUAUCUUCCAUUUAUUCAAGGAUGUCUUACAGGAAUCGGAACCAAACAAUAGUUGUGUUCAAGAGCUUGUCAAGAGAAUGAUGAGUACUGAAAGCAGGGACGAACACAUUAGUUGCCAAGGACAUGAGAUUAUGUUGAAUAAACACAAAGUUAAACUACAAAAGAAUUACAUGAUGUUUGUCCAUGGUGUUGACUCCAAAACAGACAUAGCUGACCACCUGUAUCAGUCUGGUGUUUUAAGUACUGAAGAAAAAGAGGAAGUUUGUAAUUCUUCACUCACUCAACAGGAAAGUAAUAGACUUUUAUACAACAAAUUGGUUCGCAAAGGUGGAGAUGCAUACACACACCUUCUUGAAGCUCUAAAUCACGGAGAAUAUGAGGCUGUUGCUUCUGGAAUGGAGAAGACAGAAUUGUCAGAUCAAGAAAUACAAUUAUGUCAAAUAGGAAUGAAGAAACUAAAAAACAGACAAGAGAAAAAAGAUACUCUGAUGGUUCACGAUGAAGUUAUUCCUAAACACAUACUUGAGCAGUUCGAAAAACGCUUGGAACAGUGGAAAAAGGAUGAUCAACAGUUUGUUAGCACUGAAGCAGAGAAACAUGUAAUGCAAAAAGUUUUGACACAAAGUUCAGUUACCCUGGUGGGAAAUUCUGGCACUGGAAAAAGUUUUCUUUCUAAACACAUUGCCCUCAUAAUGAAGAAACAGGGUUAUACUGUAAUUCCAUGUAGUAAACCUGAAGAUAUUGGAAAAUGGUUUAAACAUGGGAGGAAAACUUUGUUUGUCUUUGAUGACGUCUGUGGCAGAUAUACUCUUAAUCAACAAAUUUACACUGACUGGAAACAAAGACUUGAUCACAUAAUAUCUCUUCUAGAAGACAAAUGUUGUAAAAUCAUAUCUACAUGUAGAUUGGAGGUUUACAAAGAUGAAGUAUUUAGCAAUCUCUCUAUUUUCAAAAUGUGUAACAUCGAUUUAAGUUCACAAGAAUUCAAACUUAGUGCUGCUGAAAAAUUUGCUUUAGCUGAAGUGUACUUUAGGGAAAAUACUGAUGAAGUAAAGGAAUGGUCAGACAAAUAUGACUGUUUCCCACUUUUAUGUAGUUUAUAUCAUAAACAGAACCUCCAGAAGAAUGUAAGCAUUACCUCCUUUUUUAGCAAUCCUUUUGAAGUUUUCAAAGAUCAAGUUGUACAAAUGUAUGGAGAAAGUGAUGCUGGUAAGAUGCAGUUUUGUAGCUUAGUCCUUUGUGUGAUGUUUAACAACACAUUAACAGAAGAAAACUUCUCCUCAAAAGAUAGGAAGAUAGGAGCAGUCAUAGAAGAUUUACUAGAAGAAUGUGAACUGAAUAAAGGAACAUCCAUCAAACGUUUAAAGAAAUCCCUGGAAACACUUGAAGGUACCUAUGUGGUCAAGGAGGAUAACAAAUACAAAAUAAUCCAUGAUAAGUUGUUUGAUUUCCUUGCCAAGUACUUUGGGGAGAAGAUGAUGCAGAUUUUCAUUGAUCAUGCUAAUACUGGUUUUAUUAGAGAACGACUUCUUUGGCAAAUAACAGAUAACAUAGGCACAGAAAUAGAGUUUGUAAUAAGAAUACCUGAUAACUGUAUAAAUAGAUACAUAGAAAGGUUACUGAAAGACUGGGAGAACGGUUAUGUAUCCAAUGUGUGUCAAAACAGAAACAUGAAUUCUACUAUAUUCAUAGAAAACUUGGUAACACGUUUAAACCAACUUGAUCUAUCAAAGCAGGAAGAACUCGUUUGUACUCAAGAUAUUAACAGUAAAGAUAUAGCACUUGGUGGAAGUUGUUAUAUGGGUACAGUUGACCUGGUUAAAUGGUUGAUAAGUAGGAAUACUAACAUUAAUUAUUGUAGAGAGGAUGGUUACUUUCCUUUAUAUUGGGCAAGUCAGAAAGGACAUGUUAAUGUUGUUAAAGAACUGUUACAACAUUCAGCUGAUGUCAAUAAAUGUAACAAUAAUGAUGCAUCACCUCUGUAUAUAGCAAGUCAUAAUGGACAUGUUGAUGUUGUUAAAGAACUGUUACAACAUUCAGCUGAUGUCAAUAAAUGUGACAAUAAUGGUGAAUCACCUCUGUAUAUAGCAAGUCAGAAUGGACAUGUUAAUGUUGUUAUAGAACUGUUACAACAUUCAGCUAAUGUCAAUAAAUGUGACAAUAAUGGUGUAUCACCUCUGUCUAUAGCAAGUUAUAAUGGACAUGUUAAUGUUGUUAAAGUACUGUUACAACAUUCAGCUGAUGUCAAUGAAUGUAACAAUAAUGGUGCAUCACCUCUGUAUAUAGCAAGUCAGAAUGGACAUGUUAAUGUUGUUAAAGAACUGUUACAACAUUCAGCUGAUGUCAAUAAAUGUAACAAUAAUGGUGUAUCACCUCUGUAUGUAGCAAGUCAGAAUGGACAUGUUAAUGUUGUUAAAGAACUGUUACAACAUUCAGCUGAUGUCAAUAAAUGUGACAAUGAUGAUGUAUCACCUCUGUAUGUAGCAAGUCAUAAUGGACAUGUUAAUGUUGUUAUAGAACUGUUACAACAUUCAGCUAAUGUCAAUAAAUGUGACAAUAAUGGUGUAUCACCUCUGUCUAUAGCAAGUCAUAAUGGACAUGUUGAUGUUGUUAUAGAACUGUUACAACAUUCAGCUGAUGUCAAUAAAUGUGACAAUAAUGGUGUAUCACCUCUGUAUAUAGCAAGUCAGAAUGGACAUGUUAAUGUUGUUAAAGUACUGUUACAACAUUCAGCUGAUGUCAAUAAAUGUAGUAAUGAUGGCACCCCACCAUUACAGAUUGCUUGUUACAACAACAUGAUAGAGGUUGUACAUGUACUUCUUCAGUGUGAUGAUGUUGAUAUUAAUCUCUGUGAUGAUGAUGGAUGUUCUUCACUUUAUAUAGCAAGUCAGGAAGGACAUGUUGAUGUUGUUAAAGAACUGUUACAACAUUCAGCUGAUGUCAAUAAAUGUAACAAUAAUGGUGCAUCACCUCUGUCUAUAGCAAGUCAGAAUGGACAUGUUAAUGUUGUUAAAGUACUGUUACAACAUUCAGCUGAUGUCAAUAAAUGUAAGAAUAAUGGUGUAUCACCUCUGUAUAUAGCAAGUCAUAAUGGACAUGUUAAUGUUGUUAAAGUACUGUUACAACAUUCAGCUGAUGUCAAUAAAUGUAGUAAUGAUGGCACCCCACCAUUACAGAUUGCUUGUUGCAACAACAUGAUAGAGGUUGUACAUGUACUUCUUCAGUGUGAUGAUGUUGAUAUUAAUCUCUGUGAUGAUGAUGGAUGUUCUUCACUUUAUUGGGCAAGUCAGAAAGGACAUGUUAAUGUUGUUAAAGUACUAAUGCAACAUUCAGCUAAUGUCAAUAAAUGUAACAAUAAAGGUAAAAAUUCUCUUAAUGUAGCACAGGAGCAAGGAAAUAUAGAAAUAGAACAAUUGUUAAAAGGAAAAGGAAUAAAUCAACAUUAA